GGAUAAUUUUUAUUAAUCAAGCUCGCCAAAAUUAUUCCACUUUCUUAAAAAUACGGGCAGAAUUUGUGUAGAAAAGAUCGUUUUAUCGAAAUAUGGUUGAGAUAUCGAGAACAUUCAGUUUGUAAAUAUAGAUACAACUUAUUCCUAUUGAUUUGACUUUAUUUGUAAACUCUGUGUUCUGCUCCACAGUCACCAACAAGAUGGAACUGGUUGACACAUUCUACAAUAAUCCGGAGUACAUUGAAACAGCAUCAGGGAACAAGGUCAGUCGUUCAUCAGUACUGUGUGGAAGUCAAAAUAUUGUAAUUAGUGGAAAGAGUAUAAUCAUGACAGACUGUGUUAUACGAGGGGAUCUGGCUAAUGUAAGGAUAGGUAGACACUGUGUGAUCAGCAGGAAAGCUGUCAUCAGACCACCAUUUAAAAAAUUUAGCAAAGGAGUUGCAUUUUUUCCACUCCAUAUUGGGGACCAUGUGUUUAUAGAUGAAGGUUCUAUUGUAAAUGCUGCACAAGUGGGAUCAUAUGUACAUAUUGGGAAAAACUGUGUAAUUGGUAGAAGAUGUGUGCUGAAGGACUGUUGUGCAAUAGCUGAUAACACUGUGUUACCACCAGAGACAGUUGUUCCCCCAUUUACUGUAUUUUCUGGCUCUCCAGGAACAUUUACCAGUGAGCUGCCAGAAUGUACACAAGAUUUAAUGGUUGACUUCACAGUUAGUUACUAUCAACACUUUAAACCAACUGGCAAAGGGAAAGGAAAAUAGAUUUACAGCCUUAGCUUCUUUACAGACUACAAUGAAAUAUGGGAAUCCAAGGACAUCCAAAAAUAGACAUUGCUGCUUAUGAUGCCAUUCACUUUUGAAAUAUUGAUAGGAUUCUGGAAAUGUGCUUUACAUAUUGUGACUGUUUAGUACAGAAAUUAUCCAGUGGCAGUUUAAGAGGAUAGUGCUACCUAACUGUGGACCCUGGUAUUAAAUGUGCAAUAUAUGAUGUAAACGAAGUGUUGAUUUUCUGGUUUAUGCCUUUUAAAUGUGUAUGUAUUCAAAUGUGUGUUGCUUUGUCUAUUAAAGAAGAAAUGCUACAUUAUUACUUUAUAUUUUAUUCUAUGGUGGUAGCAAUUUUCCCUCUUAUUUAUUCAGUUCUACAUGUUACCUGAAAAAAAAGUUCUCUUGUUUUUUCUUUGUUUGUUUUUUCUGAAUUGUAUCUACAAAGUAGAGUUGAACCAGACAUGCUCUUAGUAUUUGGUUUAAACUAUAGAGAAAAUUAGUAGCCAGUACUUUAUUUGUAUUCUUUAAAAUUGUGUAGUUUUCCUCGACCAGUCUGGUUGAACUAUCAGUAAAAUUAGUAACUGAAGAGUAAAUCUCAAAAAGAAUAACCUUAUUAUAUUGUUUGCUUUCUACUAUGGGGUUGUAGACAAAGGGGCUUAAAUGUUAAUGAAAUACACAAGAGAUUUAAAAUGAUAAACUUGAGACAAAGUUAUUACAACAUAGAAGAUGUGUUUUAGUUUUGUUUUUGUCAGGAAUAUUGUACCACUGCAAUUUCUGUGCUGUUUCGUCCAUGUAUUUAGACUUACUUCAUUUUAACCAAGCUUUCAUUUACUGAAACAAAAUUUUGAUUUGUUUGAAUAAUCUAUCAAAACGUAGCUGAUUAUAAAUGCAGUGUUGAAAGUCUUUCAUGAAAUUUAUUUACUGGUAUAUCAUCAUAACUAUUAAUCUAAACUACAUUACUAUCUUCCCAGUAUGGCUGCAUUGAACUGUACAAGUCAUCAAGGAAGACUAUACCUACAUACAUUUACUUGUUUUACAUUUAACAAUGUGGUACAUACUUACUGAACAGAAGGGUAUUCUUGAGUGGGUGGGGUACAGGGAGGUGUGUGUUGUGUUGUAUCAUAAAUGCUUACACUUAUUGAAAAUAAAUGUUACAAACACAUA